GUCGAGCUUUGCCAACACCUACACGUACGUUCGGCAUGCCGAGCAGCGCAAGCAGGUCUCGGGGGCGGCGGCGCCGGCGCAGUCCGUCGCGGAGUCCAGCCAGCAGGAGGUCCGGAAGCGGCAGUCGCCCCAGCAGGUCGAGGUCCAGGCGCCCCCGCCGUCCGGCAAGGGCCAGCAGACCGCGCGGGCUUUCCUUGCGAGGGAAGUCCCGGACGCAGAGCCCGCCUUAGUGGCGCGUGCGGCGAGCCUCGUGGAAGGGCAGGGCCUGUCGGCAGGCUGGCAGGUGGCCAGCGCUCCGCACGAGGUUCUUCUGGUCGUCCUCAAACCCGAGACGUCGCCUCGCGAGCUCACGCUCGUCGUCUGCGCCCAGCAAAAUGCCCGAGGGCACUCCCAGAGCAGCCGCGACGCAACGUUGGCAGCUUCCUUGCAGAAGGUGGCUUCGAGUCAGCAAGCCCAGGCGCGGGCGCACAGGAGGCGCCGGAGGAACCCCCGCAGCGCGAGUUCGUCUUCGGGCGAGAACGGGGAUGAACGUGGUGACGGGGAGUUUGACGCCGUCGCCUGCCUGACCAGGUACGGCGUCCCCGGGAUCGAGCAUGGCCACACGCGGGAGCACGAAGGCAUGAAGGCCACGAUCCGCGCGGCGCGCAGGGCGGCCGCGGGCAGGCCCGAGAACAGGCGCUACUUCCUCUGCCGCGGGCCCUUAGAGAAAUGGGCGCCGCAGUGGAUGAAGGAAAAACCCACUACGAGGAGCAUGACGCAUGCUCAGUGGGUGGCGUGCUUCUGGUCGAGAGCUUUGGCCCAGCUCACCGCACAGUCCGCCAGCGAGCAGGAGUCGGUGUCCAUGCAGGGCCUCCUGAGGAUGUUCUUGAACAUGAAUCAGGUCGCCAUCGAGGACACGUGCCGGACCGCAUGGGCCAUGGAGGCCGACUUGUGGGCCGACACAGCAGAGCGUUGCCGUCGCAGUGACGGGGCGUGCGUGCCAGAAUCCUGCCUCGUGGAGGUGAACGAGAACAGGCGGGGGCGGGCCAGGAACCUGACGCAGGCUUCGGCGUGGCCGCGGGGCCAGCCGCGGGUUGGGCAGCAGGCGCGCCCGCGCCGGCUCCACGACGACUACUCGGAGCAGCCGCGGGGCAGCGACGGGCGCCCAGCGCCCGGGGCCACCAAGGGGGGCAAAGGCUACGCCAAAGGCGGCGGCAAGAGCGGCAAGGGCAAGCCGCCGCCGCCGUGGGAGCGCGGCGACCGCGUCUCCGAACAUCUGCAGGUAGAGGGGGAGUGCGAGGAUCCUGUAAGCCAUGCGGUGAAAGCAAUGCAGGCUGCCUCUGAACCAGAGACAAAGGCAACGGUUUUGGCGCCAGAGCAGCGUGGCAUUCUUGAGAGAAUGGUGCAGGACCCGCUGGCGUGGCACGGGCACGUGCAAUCGUCGCUCGAGCGGUGGCGCGCCCGCAAGGAGGUCGGCAAGUCGCGGCUUGCGGCGUGGCGCGCUUCUCUCCCAGAGUGCCAGCGGUGCGUGUUGGGCAGGCUGGGCCCAUUUUUGAUGGCAGAGAUGCUCCAGGAGUGUGGCCACGAGGACACCGAAUACAUCGCGGAUCUUAUGAAUGGGUUUCCCCUCACUGAAGUAGUCGCGGUCGGGGGCCUCGGCACCGACCUUCCUGGAGGCAAGUGCAGCAGAGGGCGGCCGGGUUGGCCCGGGCCGUGCCCGCUGCCGGAGCUCCGGGGGAGUUGCGCGGAGAUAAACCAGCGAACUCUGCAGGCCGCCGAGGCUCGCCGCCCCCGCACUGACGACGAACGAGAGCUAGCCGGAGAGAUAUGGUGGAAGGCCCAGACAGACAUGGCCGCUGGGAGGACGGGGCCACUGCGAGAGGUCCAGGACCUCGAUCUGUCCGCCGUGCUGCUGGUGGAAUCGUUCGGCAUCUGGGAGAGCCGGGGCGACGCGGGCCGGAAGGCGCGGGAGAUCCACAAUUUCAGACGGAAUCGUGUCAACGAUUGCGCUUGGAUGCCACAUACCUUCCGGUACGACACGCAUGACCACAUGCUUGAGAGUAUGCAGCACCUCGCCGAGGUUUCGCGCGAGGCCGGGCUCGAGCUCGAUGCCUGCAUGGGCAAGACAGACUUUCGGUCGGCCUUCAAGACGCUUCCUCCAGCCCAGGAACAUCUAUGGAUGUGCGGGUCGCUUCUGUUCAAUCCAGAGGUGGAGAGAUACCAGGCCGCAGCGCUGUUUUCUCACACUUUCGGCAAUCUGGGCGCAGUGGCCGGGUGGUUCAGGACUGCCAGAGCGCUGCAGCAGAUCGUGACGUCAAUCUUCCUCUUGGCUGUCUUUUUCUACGUCGAUGACGUGUUCUGGGCAGCCACCAGAGUCAUUUUGCCCAACGGACGGCGCCAAGCCCAAUGGAUAGCAGAGGUCUUCAACGAGGUCGCGUACUUGAUGUUAGGCUGGGAGCUGGACCCAGGCAAGUCAGUGGUGUCCCCGCAGAUACCGUUGCUGGGCUUGGUGGUGGCCGUGCAGAGCUGGACGGCGCACUGGCGCUUGGGGGAGGCCAAGCGCAGACAGUGGUGUCGCGAGAUCCAAGAGAUACUGCAGGCCGGACGCCUCAGCCCAGGCGGGGCCUCCAAGCUCUGUGGCAAGUUGAACUUUUUGAAUUCGAAGAUGUUCAACCGCCUGGGGCGCGCACUGCUAAGGCCUCUGAUAUGGCGGCAGUGCCAGGCCCGCGGCCCAGCAACAAUCACGAAGAGGAUGCAGCACGCUCUCCGGUGGUUCCUGGAGGUGCUCUCUCUGGGCCUCUGCCGGUCCGCGCCCCUGUUGCCGGAGGUCCAGUCUCCUGCAGUGUUGCUGUACUCAGACGCGGAAGGCAACGGGCGUGUCGGUGCUGUCGCCAUCGCGGACAGGGGGGCCGUGGAGUUCCUCCGGGGCAGAGUGCCGAAGUCGAUUCGGAGACAGCUGUUGGGGCGGGCGACCAAUAUUGUCGCCUUCGAGCUGCUCGCUGCCGUGGUUGCAGUGUGUUCGCUGUGCCCGGACACUCUCCGUGAACGCCGGGUCGUCCACUUCGUCGACAACGCGGCCGCCCUCGCCUGCAUCGUCAGGGGUUUUCAUCGAAGAGGGACCUCGCUGCCAUUGCGGGCCGCCUGUGGUUCGAAGCGGCAGUCAUGGGCAUGGACCACCAAGUUCACUACGUGCCCAGCAAG